CAGCUGUCAUGUCAUGUGUUAUUUUGAAUUGCUGUCAUGUCAUUUUUUGAAAACAGAAACAAAAUGUUUUAAUAAUUUUUCAUCAUUUUAAAAACGAGUUAUCCUGUGAUGGCAUUGAAUCACAAAAAAAAAUUGGCCCUUACAGAGGAGUUGGAAAGAGAAAAAUACAGGGACACUAUUGAAUCUGUGAGGGCUCAUAUAGAAAACAAAAAUAAAUAUUGCAAUUUGAACAGAUACCUGAAUAUCCAAAGACGAGAGCAUGAAGAGGAAACGAGAGCUCAGCAAGAAAUAGAAAAUGCAGCAUUCAAAGAGAAACACAUGAUGAGAGAAAAUGAUUUGGCUAGGGGAUUAGAUAUGGUGAAAAGGGAGGAAAUCAAACAAAUGAGACUAAGGCAGCAGUUACGUGAGAACUCACAUGAACUGAGAGAUUUGGAGAGAAAACUUAAGGCAGCCUAUGUUAAUAAAGAACUUGCAGCUCAAAUUGCACAAAAAGAAGCAGAAAGACUGAAUGAAAAGAUCCAAGAGAAACAAAGUUAUGAAAUCUUGAAAACUGCCUGGGUUGAGGAAUCUGAAUACAAAAAGAAAAUCUUCCAAGAAGACAUGAUGAAGAAACGCCACUACAAGCAAGAACUGCAAGACCAAAUAAUCCUGAGAGAAAAAUCCAAGCGCCACCUGUAUGAAGAAUAUUUGAGAGAGAAAAAACUCAUUGAUGAUAUCAUUCAAAGAAUCCAUGAUGAGGAUGAGAGAGAAAUAGCUGAGAAAAUGUGUAAGAUGAAAAGGACCAGGGAGGAAAUGGAUGGAUUCAAAGCAGCACAAGAGUUAUGGAAAAGGAAGAAGAAGAAUGAAAUUGAAGAGGAAAACAGAAAAAUACAAGAGUAUUUGAUGAGCAAAGCUGCUAGCAUCAAGGCCAGAGAAGAGGAAAGGGAACAACUAGAAGCAAGAAAAGCUGAAAUAUCUGAAAACAUUGCUAAGCAAAUUUAUGAAGAAAAGGCCAAACAGCAAGAAAGAGAAGAUAUAAUCCAAGAGUUAUUGGAAGAAGAACAGAAAGAGAUGUCGGAGAAACGGCACAGAGACGAAUUAGAAAAACAGAUCAGAAAGAGAAUAGAGACCAGAAGAUCCCUUGCCAAACAGAUGGAAGACAAGCAACAGAAACUAGAGCAAGAUAGCAAAGAAGAAGCCAAAUUCAGAGAGGCGAUGUUAGUGAAACUAGCUGAAGAUGACAAGCUAGAGCAACUUUCAGCUCAGAAGAAGAGAAUGAGAAUGUUGCAGUUGAGAAGAGAUGUGGAACAAAUGAUAUUAGAAAGAAGACAGAAACAUGCAGAAGAGCUGCAGCUUCUAAUGAAGAUGGAAGAACAAGAAAAGAUGGAAAUAGAACAGAGGAAACGAAUUAUUGAAGAAGAAAGACUACGAAUGCUGAAUGACCAUGUCAAGAACUUGAUUGGUUAUCUACCCAAAGGCAUUUUGAAGCCUGAAGAUCUACCUCAUUUAGGAAGUGAUAUAGUCGAAAAAGUGACACCUGGUUUGCAACUCAUGUACUAGAAAGCUGAUGAAAUCAACUGUCAACCAUCCAUUUAUAGCUAAAAUGUGAUACAAUUUCCCACAUGCUGCACUGUUUUGUGAUACUAAUAAUUUUUUGUACUUUUGUAAGGAAUUUAAAAAAUAAAUAAA